AUGCGUGAUCAGUCGCAGGUGGUUGGUCUCCAGCAGCCUGCGGUUGAUGGAUUCCCACUUGCCAAUGGACCCUGGGUGCCCAAGAAUAUGGCCGGUCCCAGUUUGCGAACGCAAAGAUGGUCCAAUCCCACUUUUAGGGGUUUUGCUUUGGGCGAGAUGCAGGUCCCACCUUGUCGGGACGACGUCAUCAGCGCACGCUGGCUCGGUCUGGCAUCGCUGUACCACAAGGAACCGCGCAGGCUAGACACGUCACUGUUAGGUGCCGAGGGGCUGGCCAUGUACCUCUGCACACAAAAUAACGCACCGCGUGACCUCAACGUCCCCAGGGGACUAUGA